GCAGCCUGCAGAGUUAGCAAACAUGAGGCAACAGAGGGGGACAUGAGACACUCUUCAGUUAAAGGAACUAAUCGAGGAUUAAACAGAUGCAGUUUGUAGGAAUAACAGAAACUAAUAGGAUCUACAACAGGUAAGGUACCACAUCGUGGGAGAACCAGAAAUUCUUCAAGCUGUCAGCAAGUCUAUAUGUUUCAGUGGUUCAGAGGGAAAGUUGGGACCGCUACCUCCAGGCCUUGCGCCUUUUCCUUUUUUAAAGAUACUUACACCACCAGGACACCAUGACAGAGUGGACUUUACUCAAACGUCUUCUUGAUGCUGUCCACCAUCACUCCACCAUGAUCGGACGCCUGUGGCUCACUGUCAUGGUCAUCUUCAGGUUGCUCAUUGUUGCUGUUGCUACAGAGGACCUCUACACGGAUGAGCAGGAGAUGUUUGUGUGCAACACACUACAACCGGGAUGUUCAACAGUGUGCUAUGACACAUUUGCUCCCAUCUCACAGCCUCGGUUCUGGGUGUUCCACAUAAUCAGUGUCUCCACUCCCUCCCUUUGUUUCAUCAUUUACACGUGGCACAACCUGUCCAAGCAGUCCCAGAACAGCUCUCAGAAGCUGGGGAAAGGACAGAGGCAUGGACGCCCUGCUGGAGAGCAAGCAGAAGGAAAGGAGGACUUUGACUGCAGCUGUGACUCCGACAGUUGCUCAAUCCAAUCCCAUAAGCAUCUAGGUCACAGCCUAGCAGAUGUGUUGAAGGACCUCGUUCCCCCAAACCUACAGAAGAAAGACCUCGUCAACAUAGUGCCCUUAAAGCAGGCCCAAGCAGGCUCCUACAAAGAGGGCUCUGUUUUGGUUCAAGUGGCCUCUUGUGGAGUUCUGUCCAAAUGUUACAUUUUCCAUGUGUGUAUACGGACCAUCUUGGAAAUUGGCUUUGUCCUGGCCCAGUGGAAGCUGUAUGGCUUUCAGGUACCAGUCCAAUUUAUUUGCACUUCUUCCCCUUGCAGUCAGCCAGUGGACUGCUACGUGUCCAGGCCCACUGAGAAGACCAUCUUCCUCCUCUUCAUGUUCUGUGUCGGAGUUUUCUGCAUUGUGCUCAACUUCCUUGAACUAAAUCAUCUGGGCUGGAAGAAGAUUCGCCAAUCAUUAAAGCUAAGGGAGAACAAGUCCUGUAGCAGCUGUCCAGGUAUCCAGAGUGGAUACAAACCUUUUCCUCUAGACAGCCCAUCUCUAACACCUUCUUUUGGCUUCAGAGAAGUGGCCAGCAGCAGCUCUCUCCCUACUGUGGAGUGUGUGGAGGGUCAGCAGCCUGAAUGGAGAUGUGCUCUGAACUUUAAGGAUGUGGAAGUGGAAGUCAGACCAGGACAAGCAAAGAAAACUAACUCACAGAGAGCAGAAAGGAGCAAGAGGGAGAGUGGAAUGUGCAAGCAGAGGAAUGCUGAGGUCUGGAUAUAGACUAACUACAAUCAAACAUGUUGCUGCCGUUCUUCAGGAUGAAAAUGGGAAAAGAUGGAACAUCAGAAAGCUUAUUUAAAUAAGUUAAACAAAAAAUCAUUUAGAUCUUACUUAAUGCUUUCCUAAUUUUAUGACAUUCUAAUGAUGUCUAAUGGCUGGGAAUGAGUAAAGCUGACAUGGUCAGUUUUAGGUCCCUUCACCAACAUUGUUAUACAUCCACUUUCUCUGGCAUUUUUGGACCGAGGGCUUUUUAAGCCUUUGUGCUUCUACCCUAAUCAGCCUGCAGUUUAUGUAGGCGGAGGGACUGAUAAAAUCUUAAGCAUGUGCUCCUUAUAGCUUAAUUUCAGAUAAGUUUGGGAUCAUAUAUUUGUUUUUUUUUAUUUUCAGCUCUGUUUAUAUAAGAAGAUUUACGUCUCUUAUUAUUGUGAUUAGUUCAGUUGUGUUAAAUGUUUUUCUGUUUGUUUUUUUGUUUAGAAACAUUGUAUUUCUAGCAGUAUUAAAGUUGAUUUAGUAUUUAAAAAAAACUCACUGAGAUAUAGCACCAAGUAUUUUAGAGACAGAAACUUUAGAAUCUUUACUUAUCUGUAGGAAAAAAAAGUUUUUCAGUAAAGCAUUGUAGGUUAACAGUUUAGAGCAGUUGGACCAAGGUAAAAAAAAUAA